CUUUGAUUGGCCGUCAGUAAAACGCGUGCGGAAGCAGCUGGCGCUCCGUGGGAGAGUCAGAGGUCCGGCCGGCGCUUGGAAUGGAGCAGAAGUUGGCGGAAUAUCGAGCCAAAAAAGCAAAGAUCCAGAAGGAAGAUGAGAAGGGGGAGCCCAGCGGACCAAGCGAAAGGCGGUUCAUGCAAACCGUGAGAGAGAAAGUUCGGGGUUUGUAUGCGAGCCGGAGGACGACGGAGAAACCUCAAGAAGUAGAACCUGAGAUAGACAGUCGGAGAACCCAGGCUCAACAAAGAGGGUCCCCUGUUCCGGAAGAAGACGUAUCAGACGAUUCCUGUCGGCCCCCUCAGACCCCAGGGCGUAACGUCGUCUUACUGUUGAAGUUCCUCCUAUGGCUGGUGUUGCUGGGCCUUUUUGUGGAGCUUGAGUUUGGGCUGGCUUAUUUUAUCACUUCUAUGUUUUAUUGGCUGUACGAAGGAACUCGAGGACCCCGACAGAGAAAGAAAGGAGAGAAGAGCGCCUAUUCUGUAUUUAACCCGGGAUGUGAAGCCAUUCAGGGAACGCUGACUGCUGAACAGUUUGAGAGAGAGUUACAGUACAGACCGCUGGCUGGGAGAUAGGCCACUAGGCCACAAUCUAUAGACAAUUCACCUACACAUCAUCCCAUGCUCCACGGACAUGGAUAUUUUACAUAACACGCUAAUAUUUACUGUUAAAGAU